GUCACGUUGGUGGUCGUCGUCUUCGAAUUGACAGGGAACCACACGCUGUGCUCUUCGUGUGGCUGACACAUCUGCUGAUCACUAACUUAUACAAAGCCAAUCGAAUUACCGAGGCGGAAUUUCCGUCCACAACAUGAGUCAGUAGAUACAGUAAGUACUGCAGAGUAACUUGUAACAAAGAGGAACAGAAGAGAAACAGAAAACAUCAGCAAUGGCAAACUCGGAAAAGCACGACUCAAAAGAAAAUGUUACAGAACUCGACUCCUUCUAUAAGAGCUCUGAUAUUUUUGACCCUUUGGAAGAAUACAAGAUGACCCACAAGCGUCGAGGUAUCGCUUUAAUCUUUAACCAGGAGAUGUUCUUCUGGUACCUGGCCAUGCCAAGCAGACAGGGCACAAAUGCUGAUAAGGAAAAUCUUGUAAGAAGAUUAGGAGAUCUAGGCUUUGAUGUGAGGGCAUAUGAUAACCUUAAAGCUGCUGAGGUGAUGGAAUUAAUUCAUGAAGUGGCCACAUCCAAUCAUGCAGACGCAGACUGUUUCCUUUGCGUUUUCUUGAGCCACGGUGAAAACGAUCAUGUGUUUGCCUACGAUGCAAAAAUCCAAAUCCAGGAUCUCACUGGCAUGUUCAAAGGAGACAAAUGCCAAAGCUUGGUAGGGAAGCCAAAGAUCUUCAUAAUUCAGGCUUGCCGCGGGGAGAAGCACGAUGAGCCUGUGAUGCCCAUGGACGUGGUCGACGCUGUGGACCAGGUGAACACAGUGGUAGUGGACGCUGGAGCCAUAUACACACUCCCUGCCGGAGCUGACUUCAUCAUGUGCUACUCUGUGGCUGAAGGGUACUAUUCUCAUCGCGAAACCGUCAGAGGCUCCUGGUACAUUCAGGACCUCUGUGAAUUGAUGCAGAGGUACGGCUCCACAUUGGAAUUCACAGAGCUCCUGACUCUGGUCAACAGGAAAGUCUCAACCAGGAGUGUUGCAAACUGUGCUGAUCGUACCGCCAUCGGGAAAAAACAGGUCCCCUGCUUUGCCUCUAUGCUCACGAAGAAGCUGUACCUCAGAUCAAAAAACAAGUGAAUUGUUCAGGGGACCAAACUGCACCAAUCAAGGUUUUAAUUUUUAUAUUGUGUCACUAGUGAACUGGAAUUCUGGGAUUGGUAUUGAAGCUAGGAAAUAGAGAAGUUAUCUUAAAUUUAAUUUACUCCUGACCCCCACUUACAAAAACUGUUGAUCCCAUUCCAUCCUGUGUGACUUCUAAACCCAACAUUGUUCUCCCAAACCUUACAGCUGUAUUGGGUCCGUCCAGACCUAACCUCUCAGUGUGACUGAACGUUUUAAAUUGGCUGCAAUGCUUGGGAGAUGGAGGUUGUGCCUUAAUGGUUCGUUCAGUGUUGUACACUAGGAGGGAGUCCUUACGAAUAACUUUUAUUAAUAAUAUUUGAAAUCUUUCCCUUUUUUAAUGUUAAAAAUGUAAUGUCUUUUGUGGGCAUCUGUUUGCCCCAACACAACCCCACCUACUUUCUGCUGACAAACAAUGGCUGUACUUUUUUUUUAUCAGGUAGCUGUAUGGCCUUUUUAGGAUAAAAAGGGAUUUUUUAGUAUUUUCUUUCUUUUAAUUUUUUUUUUAUUAAGCGGUUUACAAUUUCACAAGUUGACCAGUUUUUGAAAGCUGUAUUUUUUUCUACCUACAAGAAUAUAUUCCUAGUAAACAUCUUAUCUUCUCAAAUUGUUGAAGGAGUUUGUCAUCUGCUUUUUGUGUGUUAUGAUUCAGUGUAAAAAUCAGAGCUAUUAAAAACUUUAAUACACUACAUACACUCAAAUUGAAUCAGUAACUUUCACUUCGCAACAAUAAAUCAGACAUGUAUGGUGGCUUAUUUAAGGACAAGAUGGAAAUGAAUUUAAAAUGUGUUAGGUCAAAGUAUCAAAUAUCUUAUUUCAAACUUGGAUAAAAUGAUCUUAUGACACACAUUUUAUAUACAGUAUUCCAUGUCCUCAUAUGAGCCACCAGAAAUGAAAUCAAUUAACUAAAAUCACUUGCCCAAACUACCUCUGCCUUACUUCUGUUGGAUAAUGUAUUAUCUAUGGGUUUUUCCACUAUACAGUCAGGGGAUAGCUACGGAUGUAUUUUAUAAACUGUUGUUAAAUGAUCUGCAUGCAUUCUGUUUGUAAUGUUGUGGACAAUGGGAGAAAAUGUAAAAAUAUAAUGUGAACUGCUGGGUAGUUAAUAUGGGGAAUAAAAAAGGAAUUUGCAAAUUUAA